UACUGUGAGAUCUCUGCAGAGGAGCAAAUAAUAUUCUUGCUCAGUGCUAGAGAAGGGAGGAAAGAGGUCAGUGUACAUGGAGAGAGGGGCUGAAUGAGGGAGGGAGAAGAGGGGAAGUUACAGCAGUCAGAAAGAGGAGGAAGUGGGAGAUCUGCUGCUUCCUGUAGACAGAAUGAUGAUUGAAGACAAAGCUGGGUGUGGACUCGUCUCCCAGGGCUGCUGCUUGCACAGCUGCUAAGCUUGGAUUCUCCUGCACAUUUAACCUAUUUUAAGAAAAGGAGAGUGAAUAUCUGCCCUUAGUUCAUCGUAGAAGGCUAAGUGAACAGGCUGUUGGAAGAACAGGAAACUAUAAGGGGAUCAGAACAAAACCCAAAAGCUCAGAGAGGACAUAACAGUGACACUGCACAUUUAGAGAUCAAAUGGCCAGCAACAACACAGCAAGCAUAGCACAAGCCAGGAAGAUGGUGGAACAACUGAAAAUGGAAGCCAACAUUGAUAGAAUAAAGGUGUCCAAAGCAGCAGCAGAUUUAAUGGCUUACUGCGAAGCUCACGCUAAAGAAGAUCCUCUACUGACACCAGUUCCUGCAUCAGAAAACCCCUUCAGAGAGAAGAAGUUCUUUUGUGCCAUCCUGUAAAGACCCGCCCAGCCUGAAAAUCAGGCCGCUCUGAACAGUGAUGUUGAGUUUUACCAACGUGGACAUAUUAUUGUCCACAGAAUUUUUAACAAAGCUUGGAAGCUACAGGGAUGUGCAUGUUUAAAGAAUCUUGUCACCUUAUUGGUAAUGGAAGCUGAAGAACUAUCUUGAGAAAAUAGAGAUUCUAAAACAGCUUAGAAUGAAACAGUGUAGAGAUGUCACAUUUUUUUGCUCCUGCAAAGACCGUAAAUUAUGAUUCAUAGUUUAAUGUCUAAAGUAUGACAGUUGUUCAAAGAAAGGUAAAUACUGAGGAAGAUGUAUAAUUUUAUUGGAAUGAUAAUUGUUGUUCUUCAAUAUAAUUUCUAUUUAAGUUAAAUGGACAAGUAAACAAACAAGAUCUGUGGUGUUGUACUUUAACAUUUGGUUAUGUGCUUUUUGCAUUAGAGUAGCACAAUAAUAUGCUGGACUUUGCUUUGACAGCUGAUUUUCAAGGAAGAGAAAUGUACCUAAUAAGAAUUUAGCAAAUGGAAUAUCAUUUGCAAGACAAACAAGCUGGCAGCUUUGCUUUUUCUUAGACUCUUCUUAGUGCUCCUCUAACAUACAGUAUGUGUAUAGUAGCUUAAAAUUUCUGAUAGUAUCCGCAAAUCAUCUGUUUAGUGAUCCUGAUAUUUGUGGUAGCAACAAAAGAAUUGCAUGAAAAUAUUUCAGCCUUUUGCCCUUUAAUUGAAUUAGUUUAACUGAACUGGUGAAGUGAUAUCGAUAUACAAAAGACAAAACGUUAACAUCAAUCACUAAUGAAGCACAGCCAAUUUCUUGAUGGCCCUAUUUUCUCACUAAUGCUUGUGAACACUAUAAGAAAUAUUUGUCAGUGAAUCAUUUAUAAAGAUUUAUACCAACUUAACUAUUGUAAAAUAACAGGUAAAAAUUGCAUGCAAACAAUAAAACAAUAGUACAUAGACAUACAUGCCAAUGUUUGAAAAACAAGACCAAUUAUCAAAAGUAGCAUUGUACUGGAAAAAAAACAUUGAUAAUGUCUCUUAAUUGAUUGGUUGAACAAAACAAUUUUAAUAGCCAAAUGAUUCCAUUCCUUGAUGUGGUCUUUCAGUAUAUUCUUACCCAAAUGAAACCACAGAAAUGGUUUUUGAACAGUGUAAUAUGCAGAUGAACAAAUGGGUCUCAACUUUGAAUGAUCAAAUGAUUUUACCUCAGACUAUUACACCGCCUUUUAAAAAAUCUUUUUUAUAUUUUCAGAUAUGUAUUUUUACUCAAUUGCUAAUUUUCUUAGAUCUGCAUGUACCAACAUCUGCCACUACACUGCCAAACCAGCCCUCUGCUUCAUUUCGAAUUCAAUACAAGGAGUGGUUUACCAUAGUACUAGACCCACAUUAGUGCAGAAAAGUAGAGAUCACCAUCGAACAAUGACACAUUAACCAAAUCAGUUGCAUUGAAAACAUUACAAAAUGAGAAAGAAUGACAUGUAUGACUAUGGCUCAUUGAGUCUAAUUUUUCUGUAAAUUUGUGUUCAUGGCAGCAGUGAGUUUUAAUGCCUGUAUGGGACAACAGGAAUGCUAAAUGUGACAGCAAGAAGAAAAGGGAUGUGUGAAUUCUCUUAAUGAGUAUAAUGUAAAAAUGUGUAUUGUAUUUCUGGUUGUAUAUCUUUGUCAGCUUUGUAUAAGGAAACCUGAUCAAAGUAUGAUGUAGUGCACAUUUCCAUGCCAUGUGAACAAUGUAUGUUUUAAAUAAAAACUUCAAAACAUUUCAA